ACGAAACCCAUCGAUGGGCGGCGUCAUCAACAUCAACACAAAUUGUCGCAGCGAGGACAACGGCGCCACAGUUGGACAGACUCCGAACUCGACUACCUGGUCAAAGUGGUGUUUUUUGUCCAUUACAUCGUCUUUUUCUUGCUGGUUUUGGUGGAAAUUACGGGCGACCUGUUGCACCCUUCGCUUGCUGGGAUCUGCCACUUCUUCUACAAUACCUGCUGCUUGCUCUUCCCGGUUUUCUACAUCGUCAAAAUCUGGCUGUCUUCCGUCUUGUGGAACAUCUUCACGUACCAGUGUGAGAUCUGCAGCCGCGUUCGGGAACGGAAUGUAAUGAAAACCGUCCCAGAAGACCACAGUGGUGCGGGAGCUAUCCGUGGAACUAGUACAGAUCUCGCUCCUGCCACGCACUCUAUCACUGUUCUGGAGCGCAAAACCUUUGCCGUGCUGGACCUGUUCGCCGGCAAGACCCUGCCGCAGGUUUGUUUUCUUGCGCCGUUGCGGGUCGUCCAGCACAUGAACGGCAACGUCGCGCAGGCACGGCGCGACGGCUACAAGAUUCAGGCUCUCCAGAAGUACUUUCUGGGCGACCGCAUUAGUUUGUCAGAAUUGCUGGAAAUUCUGAUGCAGGCGGGCAGCCUCGACAUCGGCGCGAUCGACUUUUUCCGUUACGUGUUUCGCUGUGCGGCGGUUCACUUGGAAGACUUUCAUACGGAGGAGCUUGUGCUCCAGUCGGCCACGCCAGCUGCAACUCUGAGCGGGCUCGCAGCUGGUCUGAGAGCGAAACUGGUCGAGAAAGCUAGUACAAACUACCCACACGGGGCGCAAUCUCCAGCGUCUCUCCUUCAACCGUGGAUUGGAGGCGAUGUCGAUGUCGACAAUCAGGACAGUCAACUGCAAAAUUACCUUCGCCGUCCGGAAUCCCUCGCUUCCCAUCUGGAAACGCUUGUUUACCGGAGUGCAACGGUGUGGUCAGAAGCGACGGCGCGGUUGCGGCAGACUCUGGAUCCGGUCUACCUGUUCUAUCGCACCUCUUUCGCGCGGCGCAGCGUAGCACAGUGGUUGAUGCCACCGUUGCGGAGCCGAAACUCCGCAAAUCUGGAUAAAGCUCUGGCUGACGAGGAAAGGUUUGCAACGAUGGGGCGGCAUCCCGAGCAGCAGCUCGAGUUCGUGGCGGCUUUUUCAAACCUGCCAAGGUUCAGAAGUGCGGCACCUCCGAUUUUACCCGUCGCACCAACGCCGGAUGAAGAAACUCGCCUUGGACAACGAGUAGGAGGACCAUUGCAAGUGUACAACUUGCGUAAGGAGUGCGUGGAAUUUCUCGGCGUUCGAAAUGGUGACGCCGGGUUCAACUCAUUGGUGACAAAUACCUUGGUCGCUGGAGAUUUCCGUUUGCGGGACAGCAUUGCUUUUCCAUUCCGGGAGGAAAGCAGGAUCGCUUCGCUUUGGUACGUGACCACUGGACUCCAGCGCGCUGUGCUAGUCAAGCCUGAGGCUGACGGGGGCGAGAAUACCGUGCCUUUCAUUCCCGAAUCCGACGACGGUGGCGCUAGCUCGAUUCCACAGAUAGAACCGGAAUCUGUCACCUGGUCCCGCUGGGACGGCUUUGCGUCUACAAACCCUUUCACGUUUGGAGGUGCAAAACCCCUCGGGCUUGCACAGAGCUCGCUUGCACAAAAAGCGCAGGUGCGUGCGGUGUCGAAGUUUCUCCUGGAGCACACCAUUUCCCAUCAAAAGCUGCAACAGAAGCAGCACCAAAGAUCGAUGGAAAAUCGACUGGGUAUCAGGCUUGACCAACAGGUGUCGGAGUAUGAGAAGGAAAAACAGUUUCUUCAGUUCCGCAGCUUCUUCUGGAAUUUCGGCAUCAUCGUUCCGUGGCGCGAAACGGCCGACCUUUCUGCGGAAUUUGCGAAGCAGUGGCACAGAUCCUUCGGUCCCGACGCUACCCAAAGUGCUACAUUCCUGGCCCGUCGGAAGGCAGUUCUGGAAAAGCUACGGCGCGAAGCCAGCGAGGCGGCAGAACAAAAACACCCUUCGCUGUUCGAUUUUGCGAGGUACGGCCAACAGAAAUGUCUGGAACUGGAUGCGGAUGGAAAUCCAGAGCCGGUGCGGGCGCUGCACACCUUAGAGGAUCUACUAGUUUUUCUGGUGCAGAACGAGCGUCUUGCAAUCCCAGAGGUCGUCGACAAUCACCUCCGCGCCCAAGCAGAGGCAACGCGGACGAGACACGGACAACGCACGACAGACGACCAGAAUCGCGGCCGCGUGUCUGCAGUUACAACUGCUGCGCCCUCAGCAGCGUCGGAAAAGACCAAGGCGACCGCCCGGCCAAACCCGAACUUUCUUCAGCUCGAACCCAAGAAAGGACCACCAGCUGCAAUCCCAGCGACUCCUUCCUUGCACAGGGACAGGAUACCGGCCGCAGUGAUGCGCGACGCCGAGCUGUUGAGGCCGACCCCCGCCGCCGCUGCCGCGCUGGCUAGGUAUCUGCGCCGCCAAGCAGAUCAUGAUGGCGGAGAUGACAACAUAACAAGUGCUGCACCUCACGAACGGCACGAUCCACAACAUGGCGCAGCCGGCGAUCUUUUGCUCCCCGACCUGCGCGAGCAUGAUGCUCGCCACAGAUCCAUUUCACCAGCAGGUGCGAGCCAGUCUCUUACCUCACUUUCAACGUACGAAUCUCAGGGCGUGCUCACGGAGGGCAUGCGCUUCAUCGACGUGAAAAGUGCCGACCAAAGCAGGCAGCCUCUUCGCCUGCUGCGAGGGGGCUUGUUGACGUGGCAAGCGAACGUAGUGCUCUCGGAUAUUGUGGCGACCUUGAAUCAAGUGUUGCCAAGUUUGGUAAAGCUCUACUCUUGGGUGCAUCUCGUGUUGGUGCAAACCUUAAAGUGCGACGGCACAUUUUUCCACCUUCGAACCAACGAUAUGCAGCUUUUGGCGUUCCAGAAAUCGGGUGAGCCGCCAUUCUCUUCGCUGGGCGGUGCUCAAAAAGUGCUUCGCUGGAUGGCAUCGGCCACCAACUCUGCUGGUGGCGGGGAGGAUGCGGUGCCCGGAGACGAGGCGCGAACUGACCCCGAGGACGAGGCUCUGAUGGAGACUGUGACAAGCGACCACAUGGUUGACUUCGCAAGCCGGACGCCCUUCACGCGUGCCUCCUUCGGGGAGCACUUCGCGCCCUGGCAUUACAUGUCGAAGAGUGUGGAACUGAAAAGCACCAGUCUCAGGUUUCUCCUGACGAUCGGCGAUCAAAUCGACUUCGCGUGGAUGCACUUGUUUCUGUGCACGGUUGGGAUUUUCGUGUUGCAGCUUGUUUUGGUCUGGCGAAGCAGCCGCUUGCAACCUGAACCGAGAUUUUUCGAAAAAAGGAAGGAACGGAAAAGGGUAAGUGGCAUGGCUAGAACUACAAAACUAGAAGUGGAGCCGCGCACGUCGUUUGUGGGAAAAAAGCGCAGGACGAGAACAACAUGCGGUAGAACAUUUUGCGAGAAAGCAUCACGUUGUGGAGCUGUCGCGGGUGGUGAAGAUCGCGUUCGCGACGGUGUUUUUUCCGAAGUGCUCAACAGUUCCACUGAUGCUAUUAAUGGGGUUGCUGCACUGCCGGUCCAAACUCGACACGGGAAAAAUCGAGACGCUCAAUUGCAGCGACUUUUGAAAGUUCGAAGCGCCGCCGUUCAUGAUGAAAACGUAGACGAUUCUGACAACAGUACUCUGUGCUCAGAUUCUGACGUCGAAGCCGAAAAAGAUCGAGCGCUAGACGCAACAAAAAGAAGUGAUGGGCCGAAGCAUGUUCUCACCCUGCAGGGCGUGCAUAAAGUGUACAGUCAAAGAGUGUAUGCAGUACGCGGCGUCAGUUGGUCAAUCCCGUGCCAACAAGCGAACGGCAAUCCUCGUACCUGCUUCGGGCUGCUUGGCACCAACGGGAGCGGAAAGACGUCUGUGUUUCGGAUGAUCAUGGGCCUCGAACCGCUGUCGAAAGGCCGCAUUUUGGUCAACGGCCACGACACGACGAAAUUCAUCACAGAGAUCCGUCGCCGUAUUGGCUACUGCCCACAGGCCAACUGCGUGCAAGGGGAUUUAACAGUGCUGGAGAUUGUCAGCUUGUUUGCAACGUUGCGGAAGGGAGACCUUGCUAGUGCCGCUUUUGGAACAAGAACCGCAGGGCAAUUACAAGAAGGACCCACUAGCACUACAGUUGCCGAGAUAGAGGACAAACUUGACAGCCUCGACCUCGCGAAAUACCGAGAUCGCAAAUUUGCGAACCUUUCGGGGGGUAACCAGCGGAAGGUAUUGCUUCUGCUCUCCCUACUCUGGGACCCGCAGCUCGUGCUGCUCGAUGAGCCGUCUGCCGGGGUAGAUCCGAUGGGCCGGCAGAGCAUUUGGACUGUACUAAAACAGAUCCAGACACGGAGCGAGUCGUCAUUUGUAUUAACCACCCACGCCAUGGAAGAAGCCGAGGCGCUCUGUGAUCGCGUCGCCAUUCAGCACCGGGGACGGCUGAAGUGCGUUGGCACCGUUCAGCAUCUGUGCCGAAAAUUCGGACGGGGCUACGAGGUACGAUUGCGCUUGGACAUGAACGACGACGUCGACGACCCGACCGAAGAUUUGUAUUCAGACAGAACAACAAGACCAACAGAUGGUGAAUCAUGGACGAGAAGUGAAAGAGCUGAACUGGUUCGCAGCAUGGAUUUUUUCCGCCUAGCAUACUUUCGGAGUUUGGAUAUUGCCACAGCUUUGGGAGACUUACGAGCAGAGGAAAUGAAAAGAAACAAAGAGGAAUCUGGUGCGGGUGGCGAGGAUAGCAGCGCGUCUUCGAGUAGCGGAAGUUGCAGCGUGCGUGGUUCAGGUGCGUCUGAAGCUCUUUCGACAUGUUCUGCAUCUGACACGUCUAGGGCUGCUUCGAGCGUCUCCGAUACCGAUUCUUGCUACUCAGCAACGAGUCCAAGCGAGACUGAGGACGACUUUGAGGAUGUACAAAACUCAGCUCCGGCGUUGUUUCCUCUGUCAAUUUUUUCGUGGGUCCACGGCGGUUACUCGAGGAACAGAACGGGUUUAGCGCGCGGGCACCUCGAGCACGAGGCCAUGGACGACCAAUCGUUGCAGCGAAGAAGCAGCAACCGGAAAAACCGCCGAAAGAGUGCCUCGAGCCCUGCGCCGCUCGAUUUGUUGUCUUUCGCGCGCCGGAGAGACUGGAAAGCGUUCCUGCACCACAAGGGCAGCCGUCAACUUCUAGCAAAACAUCUUCGGAAAAAUUCAGGACCGGAAACCGACGGAUAUAGUAGCAGCGGGAGCAGACAGUCGAGCGGCGAUUGUGAAGAAGCCAAUCACUCUUCCGAACAGAUAGGAGAGGAUCAGGAACAGCGCGAUCCCCAGUUGCCCAAUCUGUGGGCCAGUUUCGAAUCCGAGCUUCGAUACAGGGUAACAAUGCGCCGCGUUUCCGAUCACUUCACGAAGCACAUUGCGGACUGCAUGUCACCGAACGGCUUCGAGGUAAAACCGGUGUGUGCAGCCGGAAUCGUUUUGUCGUUCGCGGUGACUGCGCCGCCCUUGACCGAUUUUUCACUGUCAGCAUUCGCUGAUCUGAUGGAAUGUGUGGAGACGCUGUUAUCAAAGAAACCUAACGAGUGUAGAAAAAGAGAAAGUUUCGACUUUUCGUCGGUCAUUAGCGAAGUCAGCUAUUCGCAGAUCGGUCUAGAUACAAUUUUUCGAAACCUAACGAAUGAAAAACUCGACCAGAUUUACGACUGA